AUGUCGCUCUUCGCCUCGGCCUUCGACUCUGGCGCACCAGCCGGCCCAUCGCGCCCGCUCUCGUUUGGCGGAUCGCCGGCCACCAAGGCCGCCGGCGGGAAACGCAAGCGCCCGUCCCUCGGCGACGGCAAGGCCGACCAGCUGCGCGCGACGCAGGUCAACCUCGAGAAGCUCAUGAGCCGCGUCGACCGCGGCGAGGUCAAGGAGAAGCAGGGGGCCGAGGGGCUCGGACAGGGGGCGAAGAAGGGCAAGGGGGCGAAGGGGGGCAAGCAGCAGCAGCAGCCGGCGAAGCAGGCCAAGCCGCAGCCAAAGCAACAACAACAGCCCAAGCAGAAGCAGCAGCAGCCCAAGCCCGACGCCUCGCCCAAGGCCAAGAAGGCGAAGCACGACGGCGGCAAGCAGAAGCCCGAGGGCGACAAGCCAAAGCCCAAGGGCGACAAGCCAAAGCCCAAGGCCAACCCCAACCGCCCGGCACCCGUCGAGCUCCCCCUCCCCGAAGUCGCCUCGGCCGCGGACGACAACCUGACCGACAUGCAGCGCGCGAUGAAGGCCAAGCUCGAGGGCGCACGGUUCCGGUGGAUCAACGAGCAGCUGUAUAGCACGAGGUCAGACGACGCAGUGGCCAUGAUGGCGAAGGACCCCAAGAUCUUCGCGGACUACCACAACACGCACCGCGCGCUCACGGCAGGCUGGCCCUCCCCUCCCCUCCCGCACAUCAUCGCUUUGCUCGCCCCGCUGCCGAAGGCCUCCGUGAUCGCCGACCUCGGGUGUGGUGACGCCGGACUGGCACGCGCGCUCGUGCCGCAGGGCAAGGUCGUGCUGUCGUACGACCUCGUGGGCGACUCUGGCGUUGCUGGCGCCGACGAGGAGCGCAGUGGAAAGGGCACGGACGGGUGGGUCGUCGAGUGCGACUUCCUCACGCGCGUGCCGCUGCCUGGCCGCCCGGGCGGGCUGGCAGCCGAGCCCCAGCCGAAGAAGAGCAAGAAGCGCGACCCCGCCGCGGCGGAGGUCGUCGACGCCGUCGUCUGCUGCCUCUCGCUCAUGGGCACCAACUGGGUCGGAGGCAUCUACGAGGCCGCACGUAUCCUCAAGCAAGGGGGCGCGUUCCACAUCGCCGAGGUGACCUCGCGCUUUGUCUCCACGGACGAGUUCGUCGCUGUGGUUGAGAGCUUUGGCUUGACGCUUGAGAGCCAGGAGGAGCCCAGUACCCACUUUACGCUCUUCCGCUUCACCAAGACGGCGGCCGUGCCGCUCGGCCCGGCGCGCGGCGAGGCCGGCUGGACAGAGCGCGUCGCUGCCGGCGAGGACAUUCUCCGUGCAUGCGUCUACAAGAAGAGGUAG